AUGUCAAGUGCAUUAUUUAUUUUAUUCUGCGUAAUAACUGAGUCAUACACAGCACGAAUACUGGCAGUGUUUCCUUCUCCAUCCGUGAGCCACCAGGUCGUAUUCCGACCUCUGACUUUAGAAUUGGCAAAGCGAGGUCAUGAACUCACUAUAAUUACACCAGACCCAAUAUUCAAUUCCAAAAGUACUGAGAAUUACCGAGAGAUCGACGUCCACAAUAUAUCGUAUUCAAUAUGGCAGAGUCAGUUUGUUUACAAUGUCGGAUUUGGAAUGAAAGAGAACAUGUAUCCGCAAAUGGAAACCCUAUUGACGAUGAUCACGGAGGUUAUAAGCGUGCAACUGGAACAGCCGGAAGUACAACAGCUUAUCAAGAACCAGGAAAAAUAUGAUCUCCUCUUGCUGGAAGCUUGGCCACGACAAGCGUUGGUGUACACCUACCUGUUUAAAGCACCCGCGAUCUUAAUAAGUUCUUUAGCAGUUAUGUUCGGUAAAGAUGAAGACAAUGUUGGUGCACCGAAACAUCCGUUCCUAUAUCCAAUGAUGUUGCAACAAAAAAUCUACAAUCUAACUUUCUGGGAGAAAAUUGAGGAAUUAAGCAAACGUAUUUGGUUCUACGGAGUUCUAGACGCUCUAGAAGCGUACGAACUGGAAGUUUUUAGGAAACAACUUGGUGCAGACUUACCUAGCUAUGAAGAAUUGAGUAAUAAUAUCGAUAUGCUGUUCUUGAAUAGCCAUCCGAUGUGGAUGAACAAUCAACCGUUGCCGCCUAACGUGAUUACAAUGUGGGGUAUUCAUAAGAACCCUGAAAAAACUUUACCCAGUGAUCUGCAAAACUACCUGGACUCGUCAAAGAAUGGAGUGAUCUACUUAAGUUUCGGGUCGAAUGUGUUUUCGUCGUUGCUGGCACCGGAAAAGAUUCAAGUGUUCGUCCGUGUAUUUUCGAAGUUACCAUAUGAUGUCUUAUGGAAAUGGGAAACAGAUGUAUUGCCUAAUAAAUCGGACAACAUAAAAAUAUCAAAAUGGCUGCCGCAGACAGACGUUUUAAAACAUCCAAAAAUCAAAUUCUUUAUAACGCAAGGAGGUCUACAGUCAACUGAUGAAGCUGUAAGCGCUGGAGUACCAAUACUAGGAGUUCCCAUGUUCGGAGACCAAUGGUUUAAUAUAGAUAAAAUACUUUACUAUAAAAUAGGAGUUAAAGUUGAUAUGGAGACUAUAACAGAAGAAGUUCUAGAAGAAACUAUUCAAAAUAUGCUAAGUAAUAGAGACAGAUAUCGGGAGAACACCAUACGUCUUCGUAAACUAAUGGUCGACCAGCCCCAAAGUGCAUUGGAACGCGCUGUAUGGUGGACUGAAUAUGUGCUGCGACAUGGAGGGGCGAAACACCUUCGUGCGGCUACAGCAAAUAUGCCCUGGACAGAAUUCUAUGAGAUAGAAUUCUUACUCAACUUGGCUGCUAUUGCAUUUGGCGUUUUAGUGUCUAUAUUAUUUAUUUUCUAUUUGUUAUGGAUCUGGUUAUGUGUUAGACGAAAGCAAAAAAAUGAUUAG